AUGAAUUUUAUUGAAAACAAAUAUCAUUUUACACCAAAAAUUACUUUAAUAUUUGGAAAAGAAGAACCUUUUUUUCCUGUUAAUGUUAAAAAAUAUCAUACUUCUAAAGAAAAACUUUCUGAACGUUGGUCUGAGAUUAAUAAUAUAAUUUUUCCUAUUAAGAUCAAUUCAAAUGAUGAUUUAAAGAUGUAUUAUAUUGAUUCAAUUAUUAAAAAUAUUUUUCCUAAAAUUUUAUUUAUUUAUUCACAACAUUCACCAGAAGAUUUAGAAAAAAAAGUCAAUGAUAUUAACUUUUUUAAUAAUCAUUAUUCAAAAAAAGAACUUGCUUUAUUUUUUGAAAAAGUACCUUACUUUGGCCUUCAUCAAGAUAUAUCUCUUAUUCAUUUACAUAAGAUGAAUAUAACAGAAUUUAAUCAAAAAGAA